AUGCAAGGCUGGGCUUUUCAGGUUACCGACACAGGAAGGCAGAAUGUGAUGGUGGUGCCUCCAGACAACAGUAUUCUGGAAUUAGAGCUCUACGCUGGUCCCAAGGUCACGGUUUUGAUCUUCUCUAUUCUCUAUGCAUUCGUGAUUGUCACAAGGUUUUUUGAGCUUGCCAAGGACCAGUACAGCUACAGCAUUGCCAUCAGCGUUUGCGAGAAGACAUCGCAGUGGCCUCGGGCGCUGCGGCUCUUUACAGAACUCCGCGAAGCCGCUGUUACUGUCGAUGCCGGCAUCCUCGCUCCGCUUAUCAGCGCCUGCGGACGUGGUGGCCAGUGGCCCUUUGCAUUGCGCCUCUUCACAGACUUGGGCGCCGACGUCCGAAGCUGCAGUGCUGCGAUUGCCGCUUGUGCCAGUGCUUCUGCAUGGGGCGCUGCACUUCGACUGUUUGCGGACAUGCCCUCCAUGACCAUCCUGGCAAACGCUGUCACUUUUAGCACUGCGCUGUCUGCCUGUGGAGCUGCGGCGGCCUGGCAACGGGCGUUGCAGCUACUCGUUGGCAUGGCAGAGACAAGAGUCCGACAGGAUGUCGUCAGCUGCAGCACUGCCAUCAGUGCCUGCGAACGGGCUUCGCAAUGGCAAAUAGGCUUGCAUCUCUUCCAGGCGAUGGCCAAUGAUCGCGUGCACCAGAAUUUAAUCAGUUACAGCGUGGCCAUCGUGGCGUGCGCUCGUGGGGGCCGCUGGCGCCAAGCGCAGCACCUCCUGGCACAGUUGAGUGUGGAGGGACUCCGCCCCGACUCUGCUUGUCUCAAUGCUGCCAUCAGCUCCUGCGAUAGGGACGGCUGCUGGGAGCAGGCUCUACAUUGGUUUGCUGCCAUGCCAAGGUACCAGCUUCGUCCCGACAUUUGCAGCUACGGUGCCACCAUCAGUUCAUGCGCCAAGGCGGCAGAAUGGCAAGUUGCAUGCGCACUCCUCGGCCCUUUGGAGGAGGCGGAGCUUGGCCCGGACCUUGUGACCUACGGAGCAGCGAUCGCCUCCUGUGAAAAGGUUGGCCAGUGGCCAGCAGCGCUUUACCUCUUCGUCUCCAUGCAGACUCAUCAGGUCGUUCCAGACCUGUCAACCUGUUCUUCGACUCUCAAGGCACUGAAAAAGGGCUCGCAGUGGCGUCGGGCACUGUGGCUUUUGCCAAUGCCCUGA